AUGGAGCUACCCAUUCCCAAUAAGGUGAAAAAGCUGUGGGAUUCAUGGGAUCUCCGGGUAUGUAUUCUGGUGAGCCUUGUAUUACAGGUUUUCCUGAUGCUUUUUGCAUCUUUCAGGCAAAGAUGCAGAAGCAAAUUGCUUCUCGUGUUCAUCUGGUUCGCUUACUUGCUUGCCGAUUGGAUUGCUGCUGUUGCUAUCGGACUCAUCACCAAAAGCCAAGGCAACCAUUGUGACCAUGAAGGACAUCAAGACUUUUUGGCAUUCUGGGCUUCCUUUCUUUUGCUGCAUCUCGGCGGUCCGGAUAGCAUUACAUCUUUUGCUCUCGAGGACAAUGAAUUCUGGCUCAGACACUUGUUUGGCCUUAUUUUGCAGUUUCUUGCUGCUCUUUACAGCUACUUUUUGACACUUCCUGAUAACAAGCUACGGUUUCCAACGGCCAUAAUAUUGGUCGUCGGAACUAUUAAGUUUGCCGAGAGAACGGCUGCUCUGUAUCUUGCAAGCUUGGAACAUUUUGGCGAGACUGUCAGGCCAAAGCCUAAUCCUGGACCUGACUAUGAAAAAACUGAGGCAGUUUACUCUUCAAUAAGGUGGGUUCGAGUAACAAUUCCAACACAGGCAGCUGAGACAACGACCACUACUGCCGGGAAUGAUAAAGAUCCUACAUCUUGUGCUGAUCCUCAGGACAUUUCAGAAUCGGAUGAGUUCAAACUGCUGGAGAAAGCGCAUGAACAUUUUGAGAGCUUCAAGGGACUUAUCAUUGGCAUCCUUCUGAGCUCCAAUGUUCGAGAAUCCAGCCGGAGUUUCUUCCUCAGAAGAUCUGCAGAUGAAGCGUUUAGAUUAGUAGAGAACGAGCUCAACUUCAUCUACGAUGUUCUUCACACCAAGAUUGUUGUGGUGCGUAACAAAUUUGGAUAUACCAUUCGAUUUUUAAGUAGCUGUUCUGUUUUUGGUGCCUUUUUGUUGUUUUACUGUGCUGCUGAGAAAUACAAUAUGUCUCCCAAGUUUGACACCGUCCUCACUUAUUCCUUGCUCAGCGGAGCAAUGGCGCAAGAUAUGAUAUCUGUCUUUAAGCUUAUUUUUUCUGAUUGGACACUUAUCAUCCUCAAUAGCAGCUUGAGAAAAUGUGUUCCCUCAAUUAUUCUGAAAAAAUCGAGGUGGUCGGGUUCGGUCUCACAGUACAAUAUCAUAAACUAUUGUUUAGAUGAACGUCCAAAGUGCCUUUACACAUUGGGUGGCUAUCUAUAUUGCAAGGGAAUUCUUGAAAACGUGAAAAUCUGGUGGUGUCAAUCCUCCAAGACCGUUGAUACAAAACUAAAACUCUUCAUUUUCAACGAGCUGCGAGUGAAAUCUCGGGCUGCAAACAACUUGAGUGCUGCAGUAGAAGCAUGUGCGCAGAGGGGUAUUUGGGCUCUCUUGCAGAAUUCCAGCAGCUAUAACAAACUCAAAUGGAGCAUCUUGGAGUUUCAGUAUGCUGAAAGCUUACUUGUCUGGCAUAUAGCUACUGAAAUUUGCUAUCUGAGUGCCGAGAGUACAAAAUUACCAGAUGAUGGUAGUAAAGAAAUUUGCAAGGUCCUUUCAGAUUACAUGUUCUAUAUAAUGGUUGCACAGCCAGCAAUGGUGGCACCGGUUAUGGGAAAUUGGCACAUAGCAUUCCAAGAUACUUGUGCAGAGGCUAAUAGAUACUUCAAUAAGUUUUCAAGAUGUGAACAUAUGGAAGCCUGCGGUAGAAUUUUGAAAGUGGAAACAAAAUCCAGACCAGCUGAUGUGAAAGGAAAUGUAAGUAAAUCCGUGUUGUUUGAUGGAUGCAUACUAGCUAAAGAGCUUAUAAAUCUGGAUACAGAUCGAUGGAAACUAAUGAGCAGAGUGUGGUUGGAAUUAUUGUCCUAUGCUGCUAUUAAUUGCAGGCCAAUUGUACAUGCCCAGCAACCCAGUAGGGGUGGAGAACUUUUGACUAUCACUUGGUUGCUAAUGAAUCAUUUGGGCUUGGGAACACAGUUCUUUGAGCAUGAACAGCAAGCUGGAACAAAGAAGGUUGGAGUGAAGUAA